CUUUUAUUCAUUCAUUCAAAAAAUGUAUAUUAGUAUUAUACACAUUCAUUCCUUCACACACGCUUCAUUCAUGCGGGUUUUCUGAUCCCAUCACAAAGCUACUGUCCUUUGUCAGGGCAGGGAGGGAUAAUCCGGCAAUUUAUCACUUCAACAAAAGACUUCGAGACAGUUUGGGUCGCUGACUUUGAGCAUAGUUCGAAACAUCUUUCGUACACGCAUAAUAGGUGUCCUAUGUAACACCUCAUCUCAUCCUUGCUUCACGAGUAUACACGCCAAAGAAUGUCAAUGACGUUUUAUAGAAUAUGGAAGUGUGUACUCUUCCUUAAGCAACAAUGAGAACAUAAGUCGAAGCAGUGAACCUCGAGAACAUACUGACACACUGACUCAUGCUUGCCCGUCCAGAUCAGCGGAGCUCCAGUUCAGACUCAAACUUCUUGAUCGAGAUCACCGGCGUCUCGCUAAGGAUGCAGAGGAGCUAGGUCGAUAUCCCCUUUGCUCCUUAUUCACUUUGGUAAUUGUACGUCAGUGCCACCAUUAUGUGCCGUGACCGCUGAUUCUCAGAGACAGUAGUGCAGAGUGCAGAUCUCCGUAAGGAGGCAGCGGAGCGUUGAUGCUGAGUGGCAGUUCCCCGGAGAGGCAUAAUGGUCGCAGCGUGCUUUCGUAGGUGGCCACGCCGGCCGACACCAGGUGCAAGCAGACAUCCCUGAGGAUUCAGCGCCGUUGCGAUCACAGGAACAUGAUGGGUGAUGGCAAGACGACGCUGGAAAAUGGAUGUGCAUUGUGAGAGCACGAGGCUGGACGGGAGACUGGGAGGAGAAGGAAUGCCAGCUAAAUACUACCACUGAGUGACUGCCUAUGACGCGUCCCAUUCACUACCACGGUGACUGGGAUUGAAGUGAAAUGACGCACAGUUGGCCGGAGCAGUGGUGUCGUAAUUCCAGAAAGUGCUUCAGACAAGGAGCAGUGUCCAAGGGCGCGAUAAUCCUGUAGCUGGCGGCUGGGGGCAGUAUGGCGUCCGGGCUGCGCGCCGUGGUGGGCGUGGGCGCGGUGGGCGGCCUGCUGGUGGUACUGCUGUGGUCGGAGCAGCAGGCCAGUAACAGGAUGCCCGCCCAAGCCCGCGGCAGAGGAGACACCGGGGAGGAGGACACGGGAUUCAGAGUGGUCAUGGAGCGGUUCGAGGCCCCAGAGAUCAACCACAACCACAGCACUAACAACAACAACAACAACAACAACAACAACAAGCUGCACCGCCGCCAUGGGAACGCUAUAGUAUCACCAAGGUCAUCUGCUGUUCACGCUGCUGCACCGCCGCCGCCACCACCACCACCACCACCACAACCCUCCGUUCUUGCUGCUGCUGAUGCUGAUGCUGAUGCUGGCCACCCGGAGUCCCGCAAGGCGUCCCAGGGUCCUCCGCGCUCCUCUCGCACCAUCAUAUACGUGAUCACACCGACUUACCGCCGACCCGAGCAGGUGGCAGAGUUAACGCGACUGUCGCAGACACUGAUGCUGGUGCCGGACCUUCACUGGCUGGUGGUGGAGGAUGCCGUGUCCCCAACCAGGAGGGUCCUCUCUUUCCUGGACUCCUGCAGCGUCCCGCACACCUACCUUCUUGGCACGGCGUCGAGGCGAUACAAAGGCGCCAACAAGCCUCGCGGCGUGAGCAACAGAAACGCAGGACUGAAGUGGGUGAAGGUGCACGCAAAGGAUGGUGUCAUCUACUUCGCUGACGACGACAACACCUACGACUACCGCAUCUUCGACGAGAUCCGGAUGACGAGGCAAGUGUCCAUGUUUCCGGUGGGGCUGGUGACGCGGCUCGGGGUGUCCACACCCAUCGUGUCCAGCGGCAAGCUCGUGGGCUUUUACGAUGGCUGGAUCGCCGGCCGAAGGUUCCCCGUUGACAUGGCUGGAUUUGCUGUCAAUGUCCAGUUCUACCUCAAGAGGAACGCGCCGCUGAUGCCGUACAGCGUGGGCUUCGAGGAGGACGGCUUCCUCAAGGCUCUCAGGAUCAAGCCAGAGGAGAUCGAACCACUCGCCGAGAAUUGCACUAAGAUCCUGGUGUGGCACACGCGAACUGUCAAGACGCAGCCCGCCGUCAAGAUGCCAGACACCGACAAAGUCACCAAGACCAACCUCCACCACCUCAAGUCUCAAAUAGUCUUCCCCAGCGGCCUCUCCUAGUCGAGUGGCAUCACCCAGAUUGUGGAAACAAGAACCAUUGUCACUUACUUAUUUUUUUACGUAAAAUGUGUCAUCAGUCUGCCGUUACUGCCAACGACACAACGUAUUUUUUAUGGACAGUUCGACGGAUAAAUGGAUUAUUUUUUUUCUUUCCGUCUUUAUCCUCGUGUCCUCUUUCUUCCUUUGUGGUUGUUGGUUGAAAAUGUGUGUCUCUCCUCGUCAUUUGUUGGGUGCGGUGCGUGGUGUCGUUGGAGGCGAGGGCCGUGUGAUGGCGCCGUGACUGGCAGGUGGAGGACGUGACGCGACUCUGCGGCUGCCACUCCUGACGGCCUGCUGGGCUCAAGUGGAAGGCAGAUCAGCGGCAGUCACUUCGCUCUCAUGUCUGUUUUCUUUCGUAUCCAUUGGGCAGCUCUUAUUUAAAUAGCCACGAAGAGAGAGAGAGAGAGAGAGAGAGAGAGAGAGAGAGAGAGAGAGAGAGAGUGUGUGUGUGUGUGUGUGUGUGUGUGUGUGUGUGUGUGUGUGUGUUGAGGAUCACGUGCAGGACUCGUGAUCGCUAUUGGUACACCUCCUGAUCUGUGGGUCGGCUGCGGCCCUUCACGCGUCAAACAGCCAACCCCGUGCUCAAGGAGGAGUCUGCUCGCCCAUCGGUGAACACCACAUCAGAGCGCGGUGUGAGCCUCACUUUGCCAACUAACAGGCGAGGACAUUAUCAUUUAACAGUGAACAGGCUGGCACUGAGCUAGCGACCAGUAUAUUUGUGUGUGUGUGUGUGUGUGUGUGUGUGUGUGUGUGUGUGUGUGUUUAGUAAUAGUAGUAGUAGUAGUAGUAGUAGUAGUAGUAGUAGUAGUAGGUGUGUGUGUGUGUGUGUGUGUGUAUAGUAGUAGUAGUAGUAGUAGUAGUAGUAGUAGUAGUAGUAGUGUGUGUGUGUGUGUGUGUGUGUUAGCGGGCAGGUUUAUAUCAAGGGAAUAUUUCUUACUUACUCUCCGCCUUACACUGUGUAGCAAAGCUGUAGGAGAAUUCAUAUUUAUAAUACACGUGGUACUAAUAAACGUGAAAAACGUG